UACAGUAACAGUAUUUUCAUUUUCAGUUGAGUAGUGACUAAGUGAGGUUAAGUUGUGUGAUUUUAUUUUAAACUUGUGAAACUGCAUUAUAAACUUGAUUUCAAAUACAUAACAAUUAAUUUGUAACUUUAUAGAUUGAAGUGUUUGACAAAGUUUCAAAGGAAUUAAGUCUUCUGAGAUAUGUAGCUGGGUAACUUAUUUUCCUAUUUCUGCCAAACAAGGAUUAAGAGUUAGGACAAAUAAAUUUUCAUGAAGACCAUGAACUAUCAAAGUGUAGCCUACAGUCGAUUAUUAUAUUCUGGUGAAAGUGCCAAUUCUUGUUUAUGACUUUGUAGGUGAGAUAUUUAUUUUACUCAUACAUAAAAAUGGGGAAGCACGAAGCAGGAACACCCAAAUACAUAGCCAAUAAAAUUAAAGCUAAGGGACUCCAAAAGCUCAGAUGGUAUUGUCAGAUGUGUCAAAAACAAUGCAGAGAUGAAAACGGUUUUAAAUGUCACACAACUUCAGAGUCUCAUCAGCGUCAAUUGUUGCUCUUUGCAGAUAAUGCAGACAAAUACAUUGAUGAAUUUUCAAAAGAAUUUCAAGAGGGGUAUUGUGAACUAUUGAAACGCCAGUUUGGAACUAAACGUGUGAAUGCAAAUAGGGUCUACCAAGAUUAUAUUGCUGAUAGAAAUCACCUUCACAUGAAUUCAACCCAGUGGGAAACAUUGACAGACUUUGUCAAGUGGUUAGGACGAGAAGGAUUUUGUGUUGUUGAUGAAACUGAAAAAGGUUGGUUUGUGCAAUACAUUGACAGGGACCCAGAAACUAUAGCACUGCAAGAAGCCAUGGCCAAGAAGGAGAAAAUGGAGAAGGAUGACAGCGAGAAGAUGAUGGAGUUUUUAGAAAAACAAAUUGAACGAGGAAGACAAUUAGGAAAUAAGGUAGAACAUAAACCAACAGAACUUGUUCGGGAUGAAAGUAGUGAGCCAAUUACAAUAAGUCUUCCUAAGUUUAAGAAGCCUGAAACAAAAGUGAACAUUGUUCAGAAACCUCAAGCAAGCAACAAGAAAGAUGAUGAUACUGCGAGUCUAAAGGCAGAUUCUUUGAAAGGUCAAACUAUGAAGAAGGAGAAGAAGAAACUAACAGCCCUUGAUGAGAUUAUGAAAGAGGAAGAAGAAAGAAGGAAAAAGGCCCCUAAAAAAAACAAUUGGUUAACAGAGGAUAUUGUUGUUAAGGUUGUUACUGAUUCGCUCGGAGAGAAGUUUUAUAAGAAGAAAGGAGUUGUUACUAAAGUAAUUGAUAAGUUUUGUGCUAAGGUACGAAUGCUUGAUUUUGAUGUUAAACUAAAGCUGGACCAAGCCCACCUAGAAACAGUGAUACCUGCAGUUGGUCGACGUGUGAAAAUAUUGAACGGUGCAUACGCGGGUUUAGUUGCGGAAUUGGUUGAAAUAAACACUAAACAUUAUUGUGUGUCUGUUAAAAUAAUAUCGGGACCACUGAGUGGUAAAGUUGUAAACAAUGUUCUAUAUGAAGAUAUCAGCAAGCUGCAUUCUUCGUAGUUUGGAAUGUACCACGUUUGGUAUUUUACAUGUAAUUCGAUUUCUUUAUAUCUCUAAGGUUUUUUAUGUGUUAUUUUAAUGAAUGAAAGCUAAAUUAGAUUUAAAUUUGAAUCCCUAAUAAAUCUGUAAGUAUUUUUGGGUAA